AUGAAACACCACCUGUACCAUCUAACACCCACUGAGUCCACUAGUACUGAGUUCAUAACCACUGGUGUCAUCAAACACCACCUGUACCAUCUCACACCGACUGAGUCCACUAGUACUGAGUUCAUAACCACUGGUGUCAUCAAACACCACCUGUACCAUCUAACACCGACUGAGUCCACUAGUACUGAGUUCAUAACCACUGGUGUCAUCAAACACCACCUGUACCAUCUAACACCUACUGAGUCCACUAGUACUGAGUUCAUAACCACUGGUGUCAUCAAACACCACCUGUACCAUCUAACACCUACUGAGUCCACUAGUACUGAGUUCAUAACCACUGGUGUCAUCAAACACCACCUGUACCAUCUAACACCUACUGAGUCCACUAGUACUGAGUUCAUAACCACUGGUGUCAUCAAACACCACCUGUACCAUCUAACACCUACUGAGUCCACUAGUACUGAGUUCAUAACCACUGGUGUCAUCAAACACCACCUGUACCAUCUAACACCUACUGAGUCCACUAGUACUGAGUUCAUAACCACUGGUGUCAUCAAACACCACCUGUACCAUCUAACACCUACUGAGUCCACUAGUACUGAGUUCAUAACCACUGGUGUCAUCAAACACCACCUGUACCAUCUAACACCUACUGAGUCCACUAGUACUGAGUUCAUAACCACUGGUGUCAUCAAACACCACCUGUACCAUCUAACACCUACUGAGUCCACUAGUACUGAGUUCAUAACCACUGGUGUCAUCAAACACCACCUGUACCAUCUAACACCUACUGAGUCCACUAGUACUGAGUUCAUAACCACUGGUGUCAUCAAACACCACCUGUACCAUCUAACACCUACUGAGUCCACUAGUACUGAGUUCAUAACCACUGGUGUCAUCAAACACCACCUGUACCAUCUAACACCUACUGAGUCCACUAGUACUGAGUUCAUAACCACUGGUGUCAUCAAACACCACCUGUACCAUCUAACACCUACUGAGUCCACUAGUACUGAGUUCAUAACCACUGGUGUCAUCAAACACCACCUGUACCAUCUAACACCUACUGAGUCCACUAGUACUGAGUUCAUAACCACUGGUGUCAUCAAACACCACCUGUAA